UCCUCGCCAGACCUCCCUCCCGUCACCGCCCGCUAUCCACCUGCCGCUGUCACCUCCUCUACCGCUAAGCUUGGAAAAUCUUGUAAUAUUGCGCUUGUUUCGUGAACUUUGAGGCGAAUUUAACUCCAGCUUCUCAUUGUCUCUUGAAAAUUACGGACUGUGAUGCUGAUAUGAAUUUUGAAGCGUUUUUGACAAGAAUUAGAUGCCAGCUCCUCACUGUCCCUUGAAAACCAUUUAAUACAGCGUCCUUUUCGUGAAUAUUGAAGUGUUUUGAGAAAAAUUGCAUUCUUAAACCUCGCUGUCCCUUAAAAACUACUUAGAGUGAAUUUUGAAGCGGUGUUGACAAGAAUUACACGCCAGAACCUCACUGUUGUUUGAAAAAUUACGUUGUGUGACGCUCUUACAGUGAAAUUGAAGCGUAUUAACAAGAGCUUGAUACCAGAACCUCUUGCACUACUACUACUAUUGCUAACGCCGCUACGCCGUGAAAAUUACGUAGUGUGAAGCUGUUAUAGUGAAAAUUGAAGCGUUUACACCUCCGUCUUCCACUACUGCCGCUUACUAUAGAUGUUAUAGUACAGUGUGUUUGUAUAGUGGAUUCUGAAGGGUACUGGCACUUAUUUAUACAUCCUUCCACGAUUACGACUGCGACGACUACAGGAAAUAUAAUACAGUGCCAUUACAGUGAAUUUCGGGGUGUUUUAGUGAAUUUUUGUACCUCCUUAUUGAAUUUUUCAAGUACUUUUGGAAGUUUUGGUGAUUGUAUGCACUAACAUCAUCUUUCACUGCUGCGAUAUAAAGACACACACACUCCUUGACACAGAACAGUACAAAUAACAAUAAAAACACAGAAACUUGAAAAAAUAAAUAAAUAAACACGACUAUUUACUCAUAAAAAAAAACAGUAAUACAAAUAAUAAUAGAAAAAAAGACAGUUAUUAUUAUCUUGAGUACACGUAACAAAAUAUUUCUGUGUAUUGCUACGUAAGUGAACAAUUCAGACAUAACGAUCAAAAGUAGGAAGGAGUAUUAAACACUUGACUCUAAUAACGAACAGAAGAAAAAAUAAGAAAAGAAAAACUACAUACUUAAAACAGUGAAUUCCAAGCAUCACGAGAUUAAAUAACAUUGCAUUCUCUUCAAAACAACCAUUUAUCUUCGUCCGGCUUGUACUAUAUACAGAGACGAGUGACACGGACUGGAGACACGCGGUGAAGUGAGGAGGACGACUGGAGUGUGUGAGAGCUGGAAGUGACUGAGGGACUGAAGUGAGUCAGUGCGUGGCGGGGUGAGGAGGGAAGAAGGAGGGAGGGUCGCGUGGUGCCGUGAAACUCUGUGUCGGUGUGUCUGUGUUCUGUGUUCUGCGCCACCCCGCUCGGCUCGCCCGCCCGUCCGCUUGGCUUCUCCCGCGCCGACCGCAGCCUCCUCCCCAGCAUCGUUGCCUUUCAUAAUGCCUACCCAGACAAACGUUUCCCCGGCACCACCACCGCCACUGCUCACCACAAACAGCCCCAAAUUGUGGACUCAGCAAACACAGUCCUUCAGCCCCAAAUCCUCCAUUAGCCCCGAGUCUGAGCAGUCCUCUCUCAGCCCUCACCCCAAGUCCCUCCACAGCCCCGCGUCCCAGCAGUCCUCCUUAAGUCCCCACUCGAAGCAGCCCUCUCCUAGCCCUCCUUCGAAUCAGGCCACUCCCAGCCCCACUAACCCUCCUACACAGCCCAUAGACCCAAAGCCACAGCCCCUCCCACGCACCCAUUUCCCACAGAGACCCACAUUGAGCCCUCAGAAAGAAGACCAGGCCCCUAGACCCCAAAGACCUGAUAAACCUUCCCUUAUCUUAGACUCCAAGGUACCUUUCCCCCCACCGAGACACAGCAAGCCUAGUCGUCCCUCUCAGACCCUCCCAGUCCCUCCAACACAGCCCACAGCAAGUCCCACAGUAGUCAUACAGCAACCUUUACCAAGUGUACGAGUCUUGGAAACACAGACACGCCCUACGCUUGCCCCUACCUUGCCAGCACAGCGCGCCCCUCCGCCGCAGCCCGCUAAGGAGUGGAUCUGCGAGGGGAUCGGCGAGGCGGGCGGGGGCAGUGCUGGGGUGUGCAGGGGCGCGGCAGGGAUGCUGGGGAUGGUGUUCUCCGUGGUAGGGAACUGCAUGAAGGCUGUGGAACCCGCCCGGAGGAACUUAAUAGAUGAACCUGAACUUGUGUCGGAGGCGUGUGAGGACCCGAGCAGCCGCCCCGCCAGUGUACAAGUUCCCAGGCAAGCCGAGAGUCCCACUGAGGAGUUGUACAUUAUAGAGGAGGACACGGGGGCGGACUAUGCUAAGGCUGACUCAAGGGUCCUCUACCAUCACCACUACGUGCACCACACCACUGAGAUGAGGCACAAGGGAAGCACCACCAGGAGGCCUCUCGUGGUGGUGAAGAACCCGCAGGAACAGUCACGGGAGCACCAGCGUCAUCACCAUCACCGCCAUCAUCGCCUUAACUACUUCGCGCACUACAGACUCGCCUGUUUUAAGUUGAAAGGUGUGGUGCAUGAGGUGCCAGCGAUUGGUAGUGAUGGGGAGAGUGAAGAGGCCUCUGGUGCCAGUGAUGAGGUGACCUCCCCCGUGAAUGUCAAACUCAGGCAGAACAAAAACAGACGCAUCACCCAAGAGGAUAUCAACAAGAGAUUAUCCUUGCCGGCCGACUUGAGGGUUCCUGAUGCAUUCCUACAGAAGCAGUCCAUCAGCCCAGAGGUGCCUCUCAGCAGGGCCUCCCGCAGACAAUCACUCUCCGAAAUUGGCUUUGGUCGGAUGGAAACAUAUACUAAAUUAGAUAAGUUAGGCGAGGGAACAUAUGCAACAGUGUACAAAGGACGGUCACGGCUCACUGACAACCUGGUGGCCCUGAAAGAGAUCCGACUAGAGCACGAGGAAGGGGCGCCCUGCACUGCCAUCAGGGAGGUCUCACUGCUCAAGGAUCUAAAACAUGCAAACAUUGUCACCCUACACGAUAUUGUUCAUACAGACAAGAGCUUGACCCUUGUGUUUGAAUACCUGGACCGUGAUCUCAAGCAGUACAUGGAUGAGUGUGGGGCACAACUCUCAAUGAAUAAUGUCAAGAUCUUCCUGUUCCAGCUGCUGCGAGGGCUUGCCUACUGCCACCAGCGACGAGUCCUGCACCGAGACCUCAAACCUCAGAACCUGCUGAUCAAUGACCUCGGGGAACUCAAGCUUGCAGACUUUGGCUUGGCUCGGGCUAAGUCUGUCCCCACCAAGACGUACAGUAAUGAGGUGGUGACGCUGUGGUACCGACCCCCUGAUGUACUGUUGGGUUCCACCGAGUACUCCACACAGAUUGAUAUGUGGGGCGUUGGAUGCAUCAUGUACGAGAUGAUCAGUGGACGGCCGCUGUUCCCGGGAGCCACAGUGGAAGACGAGCUUCACCUAAUAUUCCGCACACUGGGCACCCCAACGGAGAGCACGUGGCCGGGCAUUGCCACUAAUGAGGAGUUCAACCAGUACAACUUCAACACCUACCAAGGGGAGUCACUGCUGGCCAGAGCCCCCAGACUGGCUCAUGACUCAGCCCUCGGUCUCCUCUCAAAGUUCCUCUUGUAUGAAGCAAAGAAGAGGAUCUCAGCAGCCACAGCCAUGAAGCAUCCAUUCUUUGAGUCUCUCGGCCACUCCAUCCACACACUCAAAGACCAGGAAUCCAUCUUCUCAUGCCCGGGACUCGUGUUGACCCGCGACCACAACUACAAGGUGACCAACGGCAGCCAAGCCAAGAACCGGCGGCAGAGCAUGCACUUCUGAGGCCGGCCUGGGAGGCGCCAUCACCCUCAACCUCAAGUCUGAGAACCAGUUGCCCAGACACAACAUUGACUGUUUGACUCUUUGCCCAGAAAAAUCAGAAUCACCUGUUCUAGCAGAGGUACUUCUGUAGAAUGGAGAAUAUGUGAUUUUCUGAGAAAAAAAUAACUUGGGAUGUGAUUUUUAGAAAGGAACAAAAGCCCAGACCAAGUACCAAGCUAUGUGCUGUGACUCCUCCACACUGAGUGUGGUGUGACUGCGCGUCAGACUGAGUUAGUUUGGUCCAUGGUGGUGAGGUGGUUCAUGGGAGGCAAGUCAUCAGUGUUCACUACUGUAUCAGUAGACUAUCUCUACCAGUCUAGUGGGGUUUCUAGAACCUUUAGUUUGAACAAUGUAGUCUUUCAAAUAUAUUUAGAAGCCUAGCCUAAAUCUUCUGAUGUAGAAAAUUUAUCUCCCGGCCCUACUCUGCAAAAUUCCCCGACUGGUUGACUCCCAAGGGCUUGAGGUAGUGAUCUGCGGGUCAGAUGUCUCGACUACCAACUUCCAUUACGGUGAUCACAAGCCCCAGACCUGCAUCCCCUGCAGGAUGCAUUACAAGAAUGCAAGUGGAAUAACUCUGUGAUGAUUCGCUCAAUGUUCUCUGAAAAUGCAAACUAGAAAACAGCCUAGUAUUUAUGAGGAAAAAUGGUGUAUAAGUCAGAAUAGACAAAAGUAACAUAUCGUCAAGAAACUGAAGAACUCAACAGUGUGACGACAUUUUGAUCCUCAUUAAAAUUUGUCAGGAAAUUUUGUGAUAGGGUAAAAGUAUCAAAUUGUACCCCAUUCCCUGUUUCAUUUUAACCAUGUGCAAUGUCUAGUACUUCAGUUUCAACAUGGAGUCUCCUCUGAGGUCCAUGCAGGUGUCUCAUUCUCUUCAUUUUAUAUUGUUGCCAUAUAGGCCUUCUUUCCUAAUUAAAUAAUAUGUUGAAGAUUAUGUGAUAUAUAACUUAAUAAAGUUUUGUGUUGUAAGACAUGACAUACAUUUCGUUACAUAUCUCAGUCCCACAUGUUUGUUCUGGCUCAGUUUGUCCCCAACACUUGACUGUAGGUUUGUGGUACCUGAAAACUCAUCAUACCAGCAGGCAGGUCAUGGCCACCACUCCUGCACUCCGGCAAUAAUUCCUGGGCCUCUGCCCAAAGCUGUGUAAAAGAACCAUUUUAGUACAUUUAUGCUCAAUAAUAGGUCUUUAGUAAUGCUAGUCCCAAGGUUGAGCAUAAAGAAAAAAAUUAGAGGACUUAGUUUACAGUUGCGUCCCUGUCAUGCCUGAAUGUAUCCACAACAAGCUUGAUAUUCUGAAGUCAAGAACUGGAGGAACAUUUUGGAAUAGGAUCAAGGAGUUUGUUAUAAGCAUUCCAAAUAUAUUAUGUAUUCCUAUAUAAAGAAUAAGCAUUUAAUUUAACUGUUUACCUGCUCCUUAGGGAUGACAUGUGACCAAUGUGUUUACAUACCAUUAUUUUCCUUCUGUACAAAUUCUAUGAAUUCCACAAACUUCACAUCAAGAAUGACCAAAUUAUUAGCAAACUGACUAAUUAAUCCCCAGCUGUGUGGUAGUGACUGAUCAGUUUUGUGAAAGUUGCCUGAACUCAAGGUUGGUUUUAAAGAAAUUAUAUAUAAUAUAUACUUAUAGAUAGAAUUAUCUUUGAAGAUAUUUCAGAAUACUAGAUCAUAUAACCUUAUUUUAUUAUUCAUAUAGAUUAUCUAAAUCAAUUGACAAAUAUUUAGUGACUGCAGUCACCUUUAAGACAAUGAGGCCUGCUUUUAUAUUCGUCCAAACCCCAAAGUUAUAAUGAAUGACCUGUUAAAGAGGACACUUACAUGGCUCAGCUCUCACAGGCGUGUGUUUUAGGCAACUGUGGACUUCACUAAAUGACUUGCAGUAUGAUCCUACCCAGACUUCCUCAUAAAGAAAACACAUCCUCAUCAGUAUGCCAUGUAUGUUUAGAAAUGAGCUCAUUCUAUUUUUGAACAGGUGUCAACUACGACUAUAAUGUAUAUUUUCAACUAUUUCUAUCAUAGGUUGAAUCAGCAUGACAUUGUGUCAAUAUGUCCAAAGUGAAUAAAGAAAACCUUAA